AUGGCUGCUGAUAUGGGUAUAGCCCAGAAAUUGGAGAGUGAAAUCAUCUGUGGGAUAUGUUGGAACCACAUUUCUCAGCCAAUCACCAUGGACUGUGGGCACAACUUUUGCCAAGAAUGUCUCUCCUGGAGCUGGACAGUUGGAGUCGCACCUUUCUCUUGUCCUGAAUGCAGGCAAGUUUCCCAAAUCAGAGAACUCCCAGCCCGCAAUGUAAGCCUGGAAAAUCUGACUGACAUUGGUAAGCAGCUCAGCUCCCACCGUUUGCAGAGCACUGAGGGGCAGAGACAAUGUCCCACUCACAAGAAAGUCUUCGAGUUCUUUUGUGAGGAGGACCAGACAUUACUCUGUGUGUCUUGCUGCCAAAUGCCAGAGCAUGAGGCUCACAAACUCUCUCCUAUAGAAGAGGCUGCUCACAAUUACAGGAAGAAGCUCCACGAGAUUCUGAAUCGCUUGGGGAAGGAUUUUGAUGAAACUGAGAAACUUCUUCCGCAGCAGGAGGAGGUGCGGAGACCUCUUGUUGACUGGGUUUCGAUGAUUUCGGGAGAAUAUUACAAACUUCACUAUUUCGUGAUGGAGGAAGAAUUAGAGUGUGGGGAAAUUUUGGAAGCGCAAAUAAUCAGCAACCACAAACUAUCCAGGCAUAUCCAAACCCUUCAGGAAAUCAUACAAGAAAUGGACGAAUCAAGCCUGAAACCCAACCUUGACCUGUUGCAGGAUUUCACGGAGCUGUUGGGAAGGAGUGAGUCACUGUUGUCCCAAAGAUCCAAGGCUGUCAUUCCAGAACUGGAAGAAUUUCCCAUCACUGCAUUGAUUGAUAUCCUAAACAAAUUCAGAGUGGAUAUCAGUGUGGAUCCCAAAUCAGACCCCACCUAUGUGAUUGUUUCUGAGGAUCUGAGGAGUAUGAGGGCUGGAGAAGGCUGGCAGGUGGAGCCCAACCAGCCUGAAGACCCUGUUUGGCAUUAUGUCUUUGCUGAGCAGUUCUUCACCUCUGGCAGACACUAUUGGGAAGUGGAUGUGACACAAAUACCUCAGUGGGUAGUGGGGAUCUACACCCCAUUCUUGAGUACAGGGAUGGGGAGGAAUCCGAACUCACUUGCCUCUGUGUUCCUGCUUCGCUGUGUGAAGAAGAAAGAUCAUUACAAUUUCCAAACUUAUCCUGGAUCAUUAAACCAUCAAGCGAAAGACCCUGUGCCCAGGGUUGGAGUAUUCCUGGAAUACAGUUUUGGUGAGGGCCUCUUUUACAAUGUUCUUCAACGCUCCCUCAUUUAUAGGUUCUGUCCUAUUCCAUUCACAGAACCUGCCAUCCCUGUCUUUUCUCCUGGCCCCCCACUUUCAGGAACAAAGCCUGGUACCAUGACUAUCUGUCCAGUUGACUCUCAUCUUUGUGCCUGCUGUUACUCAUCAUCCUCCGUGGUGGAACCUCAAUCCACCACCAGGCUGCCUGGCUGUGGUCCUUCACUUUUCCAGGCUUCCCCAGGGAGAGAAUGA